UGCAGACGUAAUAAAUGGUGUCUUGGGUGCUCCUCUGUGUGUUGGGUGUCGGGUCAGUGUUGGGGGCGGAGCCAUAUAGAGGCACCUACAUCGGCAAGUUGUCCACCCUGGAGCACGACGUGACGGGGAAAGUGUACGCUGUCGACAACAUCACCGUGUUCGUUGAGGGCUUCACCUAUGAUGGCGAGGCUCCUGACGCGUUCUUCUUCGCGGGCAACAGAACACCUCAACCCACCAAUCGAGGGUUCAUUAUUCCCGAUGAACGUGGCAGGAACGAGGUGCUGGGGCCAUACCGCAACAAGAAUUUGGUGUUGAGGUUCCCAGUGACCAAGAAGGGCCAGCGAUCACUAAACGACGUCAAGUGGUUGUCUGUCUGGUGCCGGAAGUUUUCUAUCGACUUUGGUCACGUGGUCAUCCCCAGUACACUAAGCUUGCCGUCCCCUCAGUCAGCUGAGGGUCUGAGGAGUGACAAGCCUGUACUGACCUCUCCCCAAGUUACCAUCCUGGAUACAGAGACCUUCCUCGUCCAAGAUUUCACUUUCGACGGAACUGUUCAGGACGCCAUCUUCGUCAUGGGUAGCGGCAACGCCCAGUCCAGCGGGUCACAGGUGUCUGAUGAGAAAGGUUCACAAGAGCCCCUCAGCAAGUACAGCAAGAAGUCCCUCUACCUCACCAUCCCCAGGGAGGUCCGCAACCAGCCCAUCCAGUAUUUCGGCGUGUGGUCUCCUAGCAAGGGCAUGCUCUCCUCCGUUACCUUUGACCCCAAUGCCCUCAUCCCUCCCUCCAUCAACUCCCUGCCCAAGUAACAUGGCAGCUUCCUUACCCCUCAACUCCCUAAUCAGUCUCCCUCUUUCUCUCCCCCUCACCGUGGCAGUAACACGCUGGCGUCUGCCAUCUUCACCCUUAUAGCUGUAAUCACUGGUAACAACUCCAGGUCUUACACGGCCCUAAACGUUGUGGUGGUGAACAUCUUAAAGGCUUCCGACUCCUUCAUAAAACUGAUGUAACGAAGAAAUAUCUGUAAACAAACUCGUUCUUUAUAUGUGAGUUAGUGUAACUCUGGUGCGGCCCUUGUGACGAUGCACUUACUUUACUGUGUCAGGGUAGAGUGUGUGUGUGUGUGUGUGUGUGUGUUUUACAGAAGGAGGUCAUGAAGGAGGGUGUGUACUGGGGUCAUCCUCACCCUCCUCCUCCACCACCACACACACAUCACAGACUCUACCAAUGAUCGCCCAAGUCUGUGUUUUGUUACAAUAGUUAUUCAGCUUUUCUCCCACCUUUUCUUUUUUUUGUGCUAGUUGAAUCAGUAAAUCACAAAUGUUAACUCCAGUAUUACAACUAACGAGUCAAGAGUCUAUAAAAUAAAUGAGUAAAUGAAGUGAUCAGAUAUGUUCGUGAGUCCUCCCUCCUCCCCCUCAUGUUUCAUAGCACUGUUUACCCUCGCCUUUCACCACCUUGGACACUAACACAAUAAUCUUAACACAUAGCAGGGCAGCGACUUCACCACCUGCCUUACAUAACAAUGAAUUUUUAAUGUGUGGGGAUGGUGUAUAAGCCGUAACUCACACUUCUGUAACUCACACUCGCACCAAAUUGUUACUCCCGACUAAAACCUCCACUGAAUAUGAUCUCUAUAUUGUAUCAAGAACACUAUCGAGUCACCCUAUAUAGCGUGUGUGAGUGUGUAUGUCUGUGGGUGUAAGUUAUCAUGCCAGCAAUAAGACUCUUGCUAGGCUUCUACAUUAUAUUAAGUACAACCUCGAUAAUGGACGAGUUGUCGGUCGGAGUGUUUUCGUAAGAUGGCAGGUCAAUGGGUAAAGAAAACGCUUAAAUUCAUUAUGGUAAUGAUAUUUUUAAAUAAAUUGGGCCAAAAAGUGUCAAAAUAAGGGUUAAAAUUGCUAAAAAGUCAGGGGACUGCAAAAACCUGUGAUUGGUUGUGACGCCACUGGUUGGGGGGAGUUUCUCAGCGGGAAGCAGCCAGCUUUAGUUGUCCAACCUUCUCAGCUGAUCAGCUCCGUAAAUAAAUAUUAUUAGAUAA